AUGUACUCGAUAUCCCGCACAGUCUCUAUCCUGCCGCAUGCUUUCCGCAUGGUGACCCUGGAGAAGCGUAGGAUGCACUGCUUCGAUGUUGACAUCACCUCGGGAAGACAAGCCCACAAGGUCCGCAUGCUAUACAUUUGGAUGGUCAGGGCGUCCCUUUUGGUUAUGUUCUGUUUCGUAUGGCAGUACUGUGUUCUGACGUACAAGGCCAUAGACUUCUCUCAGCGGCGGGGGCCCCUCCAGCUGUACCUACAGUGCGUGCUGUGGGAGAGCGACUGCUUCGGGCUCAAGAAUCACCACCAUUUUUUUGAUUUCUACUCCAACCCCACAAACGUCUGCAUGAAGUACAAGGAGAUAGCGGGGAAUCGCAUGGAGGAUGUCAUGGAUGAUAUUCUCGAGAAUCACCGCUACCUCUUAUGUGUUCGUUUUGUGCCUCCUGACGCAAUGGUGUAUACAGCUGGGGUAGCUAUUGCUUUUGCCUUGGGAUAUUUGAUCCUCACGGGGUUUGAAGUGCUGGUAUGGCUGCUCUAUAGAUCCACAGAACGCUGGCUGCCAAUUCUUAUUUUUACCAUAGGCAUAGGCUUUUUCGUGCUCUGGAUCGGCAGUCUUUUCGUUCCCCAACUCUUCACCUUCUUCGGGUGCUGGAUCAGUUUCGUCAUGGUACUCACAUUGCCGUGGAUGCUCUGGCUAUCCCUAGCUGCUGCAUACAACCUUAGAAAGCUGCAACACCAGAAGUGGGCCCUCUGGCAGGAGCAAGCCAACCGACCCCUUGCUCAACUGGUCGAUCGAGGGCGACGAGGCAGUGACGCCUUUUUGGAGAAGCGGGUCCUAGUACCCAGAGGUGGGCACGGCUCGGGAGAUGGUUUGGGGGUGCUGGACAUGGACGUGGAUAUGGAUGACGUAGCUGCGCUUAAGGCAUCUGAGAUAUGUGAAGAGGGCCAUUCAGAAAAGAGCAAAAAGAAGAAUGAAAGUCACUUUGAGCUCACGAACCUCAAGGAGACGCUGCAGGGGACGCUGGGGUUGCGACAGAAAAAGGACAACAGCUCCCAGCAGCUGGGUGGUAGCCGCGCCGCACAUCCCCCCUCACAACCCCACGCGAGUUCCUCAAUAACUGUAGAGAAUUCAACGAAUUCUCAGGACAAAACGAGCAACAACAGGGCAGAACCACCGAGCGACGUUGCCAAACUGGACUGA